AUGGUUGCUCACGAAGGUCUUGCCUCGCUAGUGGACUUCACUUUCGGUGAGCUACUUAGCUACAGCUACUAUCUCACCAACACCCUGGUCAAAUGGGGCCCCAGCCAGGAGUCCAGCGAAGGGGCCGUUAACUACGCCCGUGACACAGCCGAUAAUUUCUACGACUACAUCGACCGCAACAAGGAGGCGCAAAGCGCUUCAACAAGAUGA